UGGCAUCGAGCGAGCGAGCGAGCGGGAGGGACGAUGGCUUUGUUUGUCUCAUUGUCAUGUUUUGAAUUUCAAAAGCCUUCCCCAGCGAGAGAGAGAGAGAGAGAGAGAGAGAUGACCAAUCCAAACGGCUCAUUGGACUCUGUCUCUGAAUCAAUCUCCCUCUCUCUGUUCCAUUGGACCUUUUUGCACGAUUCACUAAACCACUCCUCCCACUAUAUCCAUCCACACCUCUCUCUCUCUCUCUCUGAUUUUUAAAUGCUUCAUCUUCUCCAAAACAGCCAGAACAGGUUCUUGGUUUCCGAAGCCUCAUUACUACUUCUCCUUCAUCAGCCCUGUGUCUCUGUCUCUGUCUGGUGUGCUGUGGUUGCAGCUUUCUUCUGUGUUUGAAGUGGAAGGAAGCUCAUUCAUCCCUCCCCCGUGCUCCUUCCGUUCAUCCUUCCUUCAUCUGCCAUCUUCCUCGCAAAUCUCUCAGUCCAUCUCUCUCUCUUAUGUUACCAGCUGGGAUUCGGCAUUUCUUUCCAGCCAACUGCUCUCUUGGGAAAAGUUUUGGUUUUUAAGCCACCGGCGGUUUCUACUCCUGAUGGGUGCCUCAGGAAAGUGGGUCAAGGCUCUGAUAGGCCACAUUAAACCCGACAAAGAUGAUAAUGACAAAGUACGAGGAAAGAGCAAGAAAUGGAGGCUGUGGAGGAGCUCAUCAGGGGAUCUGAGCCGUAGAUCGGUAUCCGAGGGAUCCGCCAAUUCUUCCCCUGCUCGGGAUGCUUUCACAGCUGCGAUGGCUAAAGUGGUUCGAGCUCCUCCCAAGGAUUUCCGCACUGUCCGGCAAGAAUGGGCCGCUAUUCGCAUUCAGACUGCUUUCCGCGGUUUUCUGGCAAGGAGAGCUUUGAGGGCUUUGAAGGGAAUAGUCCGGCUCCAAGCUCUCGUUCGUGGACGACAAGUGAGGAAACAAGCAGCUGUUACACUCAGGUGCAUGCAGGCUCUUGUUCGAGUCCAAGCUCGUGUGAGGGCUCGAAGGGUAAGGAUGUCCAUCGAGGGACAGGAAGUUCAGAGGGUUCUCGACGAGUGCCGCAGCAAGGCUGAUCUGUUGAAACAAGCUGAGCAAGGGUGGUGUGAUAGUAAGGGAACGCUGGAUGAUAUCAAAGCUAAGAUACAGAUGAAGCAAGAAGGAGCCUUCAAGAGGGAGAGGGCGAUUGCUUACGCGCUCACUCAAAAGCAGUGGAAAUCUAGCAUGGAUACGAAUUCCAGAUCGAACAUCUCGGUUCCCUCUCUGAAGGGCUACGAGUUUGACAAGAUCAACUGGGGCUGGAGCUGGUUAGAACGGUGGAUGGCUGCAAAGCCCUGGGAGACAAGACUGAUGGAGAAAUCGCAAUCCAACCAAGCAGAGACAACACCAACCUCGAAGAUAUUUAAGGACUCUCCUCUAGGAACAAACACGAAAUCCUUGGAACCACUUCCAGUCAAAGUCAGGAAGAACAAUGUCACCACGAGAAUCUCAGCAAGGCCUCCUCUUAUUGGCCAAACAACCCGAUCAUCUUCCAGUCCAAGCUCAGAGUACCGAUAUGAUGAGAGCUCGGUCUCUUCUUCCUUCUGCACGUCUGCAACUCCAGCCUCUGGGUUCACGGGCUUGACAUCGGAGAGGACUGAGGAUAGCUCCCACACCAGGCCAAGCUACAUGAACUUGACUGAAUCAACCAAGGCAAAACAGAGAAACGGUAGUCACCACUCACGGGCCCUGAGGCAGUCGAUGGAUGAGUUCCAGUUCCUCAACCUCAAGCACUCGGCAGUGUUCUCGGAUUCCAGCCCGAUGAACUUCUCUCGUCCCCUCCACCAGUCGACCCAGUUGAGCUGAAACAACUUGAAAGGGAAGGAUAGAGAGAACAGCUUGUACCAUUAAUCUGCGUGUGAUUUCUCUGAUUUGUAUGGUAUAUUCAACAGCUUGUUGCAUCUUUUGAAACCUCGAAUGUUUGAUUCCUUAAUGGGCAAUUUGCUGCAUUUCUCGUGUGGUCAAGUCCUCAACAGUUGUAGAUAACUUAAUCGGGCUGCAGUAAUUUUCGAGCAGUUCUUGUUUGGUACUUCGAAUACCGUGGUACUUUUCGUC